AUGCAGGCAGGUCCUCUGGUCCCCCUCUCCCCCAGCUUCAACAGCUAUUCCAAUCCCAGACUCGCCGUAAUCGCCGCCCGCGUCGCCGGAGAAUUCGAUUCCGGUGAAUUCUACGAAGACUUCUACUCCCAGAGGCUUGAAAAUCCAGCGCAGGACGAUCAACGAGGAGCAGGAAUUUCAGAGAAGCGGAAUCCAGAGGCGGAUUCCGCAGAUCGAGAUGAGGAUUGCGAUUUCGCGUUCGUGACGAGGGGAUCGGGAUCUUCGUCUCCGAUUCCGGCGGACGAGGUAUUCCAAAACGGUAAGAUCCGACCAGUUUACCCUGUUUUCAACAGAGAUCUUUUAGGGCGUCAGGGGAAAUUUCAAUGUGUAAACGAAAUUGGGGGUGAUGUUGACCGGAGUUCGGGCUCUUGCCGCCCUAGGGUUCGCCACCCGCUUAGGGAUCUUUUCAUCGAGGAAAGGGGAACGACGAUACUGACUGUGUCUUCGAGCUCGUCCUCGUCGGAGGCUGACGAUUCGCCGCUUCCGCUGCCACUGCCACCUUCGGCGGAGGACGGCCGGAGAGAGAAAAGCAUUUCGGCCGGCGGGAAUUCGAAGCGGUGGAGGUUCAAUGUGAAGGAACUCGUGCGCAGGAGCCAAAGCGAGAGGAGCAAAGGCAGUAUUGUACUUUUGGCCCACACCAACAGCGCCGUGAAGAGGGAAGAUGAAAAGCGGGCUGUGGCGGAAGCCCCGUCGUACCGUCGUGGCGGCGACGAUAAGCGGCGGUCGUACCUGCCGUACAGGCAGGAUUUGGUGGGGUUCUUUGGUAACGUGUAUGGGUUGAGAAGGAAUUUCAAGCGCUCAUGA